GUUGGGUUUUUCUUUGUUUUUGACCCAUGAGAAAAGCCCAAGUUUUGAGCGCAUUAAAUGACUUUCUAUUUUGGGAGCUAAUAUUAAAAACAGGGUCUGCCAUCUAUCAAAGAUUCAAGGACUGAAAUAGAGCAGCAGAUAAGAGAACACAAGUCGUAAACAUGAGUUGAGUGUGCUCAUCCCGUUUUUCCAGCAGGCAGCAGCAGAAAACUUCCGUUUCCCGGAGAUAGAACCGUUGGAUCGUCGUGAUUUUUGGACAGCAGCUUCACAGCAUCUUAGCCAACAUUCUGGACGGUGGAGAUCGGGUUUUGAAGUCCGGAGGGAAUCAUAAAUCAACUUGCAGGAAUGGGUAUCAAGUUUGAAGAUGAGAUACAAGACAUGUGGCUCCUUGGCACUUUACCGGACUCAUGGGAGACUUUUAGGACAUCAUUGUCCAACUCUGCACCAGAUGGUAUUAUCACCAUGGAAUUAGCUAAAGGCAGUGUUUUAAAUGAAGAGAUGAGAAGAAAGCCACAAGGAUCCUCUUCACAUUCUGAUGUCUUAGUUACAAAAAGCAGGGGGAGAAGUCAGAGUAGAGGUCCAGGUAACAAAGGGAAGCAUCGAAGUAAAUCCAAAGGAAAGUUUGCUGAUUUUGAGUGCUAUCAUUGUGGUAGAAAAGGCCACACAAUACGGUUCUGCAGGCAAUUGAAAAAGGAGAAGAAGAAGAAGAGCGAUUACAACAAUCAAAAGAACCAUAAGAAAGAUGAGGGUGGUAAUGGCAAUGCUGAAGUUAACACUACUACCGAUGAGUUCCUUAUUUGUUCUGAUCUUGAUAUGGUCAACAUUGCACAUGAUGAUUCCAGUUGGGUUUUUCUUUGUUUUUGACCCAUGAGGAAAGCCCAAGUUUUGAGCCCAUUAAGUCUUCUUUGACUUUCUAUUUUGGGAGCUAAUAUUAAAAAUAGGGUCUGCCAUCUAUCAAAGAUAAGAGAACACAAGUCGUAAACAUGAGCUGAGUGUGCUCAUCCUGUUUUUCCAGCAGGCAGCAGCAGAAAACUUCCGUUUCCCGGAGAUUGAACCGUUGGAUCGUCGUGAUUUUUGGACAGCAGCUUCACAGAAUCUGAGCCAACAUUCUGGACGGUGGAGAUCGGGUUUUGAGGUCCAGAGGUCGGGUUUCGUUGGUCUGGACAGUAGCUAUUUUUCUGGUGAUAUAUUUCUUAUCUUGGCUCUAUUUUGAUUCCAUACAUCUUGAUGUUCUUACUUCCAAUGAUAUGAUGACUUUGUAUGCCUCUAGUAUUAUCUAGAGAAGACUUUGUAAUGCUCCUUUGAUGAUGAUAGUGGAUUUAAGCGGCCAAAAUGGUCCCGUGGUUUUUCC